GACAAUUUGAAAACUGCAAAAAUAAUAAAAAAAACUAAUGAAAGUUAUCUUAUGAUAGACGAUAACUUACCAGUUAUUUAAUACAUAUAAAUAGUUUUGGCCUUUAAGUUCAGAGGUGCUAGUGUCUAAUUUUCAAUAUGGCGACGCCCGUAUAAUGGAUCACGUUUUGUCUGUGCUCUUAAUACAGUAUCUAUUCAAGAAAGCAGUGGUCCAAGUAUUUUUCUCCUUUUAAAUACUGUCCUGGCCGAAUCAGCUCUGAUCCAAAGGGGUUAUUUUAUACUGAAGAAGAUCACACUUGAAAUGUAACAAUUUUUCGAGCAAUGCAAACAGACAAGUAUUAUAUAUCAGAACAAGUAUCCUGUCUAACCACAGUUUCUUCGUGAAACUAUUAGAAUUAAGAAUUCUCACAGUGUUCGUAACAAUUGCCUAAAUCUUAACAAUUUAUUGAUCAAUACGCCAGUGAAUUAUUGAAUACAAAACUAUGAAUACGAAAAUGUGUAAGAAGGACGUUCUACAAGCCGUUAUUCUUGCGGAUGAUUUCACAACAAGAUUAAAUCCAGCGCAAAAUAUAUUUCCAAGCAUUCUAAUGCCCGUGAUAAAUAUACCACUUUUUGAUUACAUGAUAGAAACACUAAUAAAGUCGAAGAUACAAGAGGUAUUCCUUUAUUGCAGCAGUCACAUAGAUCAACUGAAAAAAUAUACCGAUGAAAGGGUUUAUAAAGACAUUACAAUCUCUUUGAUUAUUUCCGAUGGCUGCAGAUCACUUGGAGAUGCUUUGCGAGAUAUUGAUACAAAAGGAUGGAUCAGAGGAUACUUCAUACUGAUUCGUGGGAACACCUUUACCAAUACAAAUCUUAAAACUUUAUUCAAUAUUCAUCGUAUGAAAGCCGAGAAGGAUAAGGGAGCAACUAUGACUAUGGUAUUACGGAACUGUGGUUCAAUGAAGGAUUCUUAUCUCAAUGAGGAAGCGUCUCUAGUUGUGUCAGAUAAAAGCACUAAUAAAAUUUUGUAUUACACUAAAUUGAAGAAUAGUGAGAAAAAAGUAAAGCUGGAAUUAAACUGGUUUCUUGAUCAUAAUGAAGUAGAAAUUAAUUCUUGUUACUUGGAUACUCAUAUCUACUUGUGUUCACCAUCUGUUUUACCACUCUUUGCUGAUAACUUUGACUUUCAAACUAUGAAUGAUUUUAUUCGCGGAGUAUUGAUGAAUGAGGAGAUUUUGGACUCGAGGAUUUAUUGGCAGCAGUUAAAUACAGAGGAUUAUGCUCUGCCAAUUACCUCGUGGAAGGCUCAUCAUAUACUUACUCAGGAUGUUUUGCGUAGACAUAGUUUUCCUCUUGCACCAGAUGCUGUGCCAUUAUUGAAAAACUUUAUAUGUAUGCCGCGGAGUACGUAUAAACACGAAACUGCUACUUUUGCUAAAGGUUGUGUAUUAGAAAAAGACUGUAUUCUUGGAUCUAAUAGUUCGUUAGGAAAUAAAACUAAAGUCGCGAGAUCUGUGAUCGCAGACAACUGCAUCAUAGGUAGUAACGUUAAUAUAGAUAAUUCUUACGUUUUUUCAAACGUUAGAAUCAAAGACAAUUGUACUAUUAAAAGUAGUAUCUUAUUUCCGAAUUGUAUUGUUAGAUAUCGUAGCCAAAUAGAUGGAUGUAUAUUGUGUUCUGGAGUUGACAUUGCUGCUCGUAGUCAAUAUGUGGAUACCAUUAUCGAAUCUACAUCUUCUGGUAUAUCUGAGAUCAAAAUGUCGGAUCUCGAGGUUGAGGAUGGAUUUUUGUAUUUUAAAAAUGCUGAAGUAAUUGAUUGUGACUGCUCCUCAGAAUCGUCUAGUAAUGAAGAAGUUCUGGAAUGUGAUUCUCAAAUUCCAGACGACACGAAUAUGUUCUUGUCCGAAGUUAUCGAUAGUCUAUUACGUGGUUAUCAGGAUAAGCUCAAUUGCGAGAAUUUAAUUCUAGAAAUAAACUCGUCCAGGUAUGCGUACAACGUUACCAUCCGCGAGGUGACAUAUAACGUCAUCAAAGCGAUUCUCAGUCUGCCAUUACACUAUCUUUCCGAAACGAAAACUGUCGUUACUAAUCAGAAUUAUCAAAAGAAUCUAAAAAUUAUGAUAACUUAUUUUAACACUAUUAUUCAGAAUUACAUUAAGAAUGAAAACGCGCAGGACGACUGUUUGCGAGCUAUAGAAGACGUUGUUAAUACAACCGACGAAUUACUACCGUACGCGCAACACCUGUUGCAUCAAUUUUACGAUCGCGAUAUACUAUCUGAAGAAAAGAUUUUAGAAUGGUAUGAAUCUACUGACGAAAAUGCGGACACACAUCAUACAAAAUUAAAGAAUGCUGUUCAGCCAUUCAUUAAAUGGCUGCGAGAAGCAGAAGAAGAUUCUUCUGGGAGUGAUAAUUAAUUUUUUUCUAUUAAAAAAUUUUUACUUAAGAUAAAAUAUGUUUCUAUAAAUG